AUGGAAGGAGCUAAGCAAGGGAGGUGGAUCCCUGUGGUGAGACAAAGGGGUGGACAUCAAAGAGGACAAAGAAGAGGAGUGUUCGAGGGACGCACAAGCUUCUUCACUGUAUUUGUGGAUAAUAUACCAAGAUCAGUGAAUCCGAAAGGGUUGUAUAACAUCUUCUCCAAGUUUGGUGUGAUGAAUGAUGUUUUUAUUCCGCAAAAGAGAAGGAAGCUCACUAACAUGAGAUUUGGGUUUGUAAGGUUUGACUGCCCUGUAGCUGCAACAGUAGCUGUUCAGAGAGCAAAUGGAUUAUGGGUGGACGAUACGGCAAUAGAGGUGAAGCGUGCAGCUUUUGGAAAGGAAAAGGAAGGAAGAAGCAGGGUAGGAGUAUCUACAGUCCAAAAGUCAUAUGCAGAAGCAGUGGUAGGACAAAAUAAUGCUCAAAAUGAUAGCCUUACUCUGAAGGCUGAGGAAAUAGGGAACAGGUGGCUGUAUGAAAGUGUAGUGGUCCACUUGAAGGAUGAGCAUGCAAAUGUCAACCUGAAGAAGGAACUUCAAGGAAUAGGAGUGGAAGAUGUUCUGAUCCGAGAGAGUGGAGGUCGCGAUGUGGUGCUAACAUUUAAGUCUAAGGAGGAGAAGGUAUUAAAAAUGCAGCCUAUCAAGGAGCUGAUUUUGGAGUAG